UUUCUGAUAUUCUAAAAUAAAAGGAAGUGGUGGAAGCUAAGUUAUGCUAACCGUUCCUCUGCAUUUCCUCUCCACUAACACCACACAAACACAAACCCUUCUUCUCCAAGCUACACAAACUUCAAACCUCACUUCUCUUUUUGACUUCAUUCACUUUCUCCCAUCUCCUUCAAUGCCAACAAAUUCUCAUCCCCAAAACACCCAUUGCUACAAACAAUUCCCCAUCUUUUUCCCUUUUCUUUCCCAAUAUAAUCCCCCAAACCACACUUCCCAACUUCCUACCUUCACCAAACUCAUUCUUCUCUUCACAAACUCUAAAUCACACACCCAAAUGCCUCAAUCAAGUAAAUUUCACAUCUUUCAAAACACCCUCUUCACAUUCUUCUCUCUCUCCUUGCUCCAUGCUUCCACAGCUCAAGCACAGUCUUCCAUGGAGCCUGUGCCCACAUACAUCACCCACCACAGCUGGGAGCCCUCCGUUGCCAUCACCGUUGGAGCCAUCAUCUUUGCUCUUCUUGUGAUGGGCAUCCUCUCCAUCUACCUCCGCCGCUGUGCCGAGUCACGGAUCAUCAUCACCACGCAGACCACCACCACCACGGUCCCCUGCUCCUGCGCGCAGGGGAUCAACAGGGAACUCCUUAAUACCUUUCCCACCCUCUUCUACUCCAACAUCAAGGACCUCAAAAAGGGUGAAGAAACGCUCGAAUGUGCUGUGUGCUUGACCGAUUUCUCAGACAAAGAUGCCCUCAGACUCCUCCCCAAAUGCAACCACGUGUUCCACCCUCACUGCAUUGAUUCCUGGCUCGCUUCCCACGUGACGUGCCCUGUUUGCCGCGCGAAUCUCAGCCAGGAUUCGUGCCAGGUUGCCAUAACUGUCCCCACCCUUCAUGAUGAGGAAGUUUCCGGAAGUGAAGAAACUGUGGCAGAAUCAAAUCAAAACACUAACACAAACCAUGCCGUGAAUCAGGUUUGUGUGGGAAGUCCUGCAUUGAGUGAUGACACUACCAAAACAGUGUGUGUAAGUGAGGAACAAUCUUCAUCUCCUGAUGUUGUUCCUGACUUAGAGACAAACUCAAAUUCUGUGACUGGUGAUGGGGUGGUUGUUGUUGCUGAGAGGAACUUUUCGAGGUCAAAUUCCACUGGGCAUUCUCUUGUGGGUGUGGAGAGGUACACGUUGAGGUUACCGGAAGACGUGAGGAGGUACAUUCUGGUGAAUCAUGGAAGGAGUGUUCAGCGUUCUGCUAGUGUUAAGGGUACGUGUUGGAGUGAUAGCGAAGAGAGUUAUGCCGGGAAGAGGGUGGAGAAGAGGUGGAUGAUCUGCACGCCGCCAUUUGUGGCAAGCCAUGGCUGAGGAGCUCCGUCGGAAACUGGUGUGCGGCGUUGGGCUUCUAAAUAGAUCCUUUGGUGAGAGAAGGUGAAGCUUUGUGAUGUAUGGUUGCUUCAAUAAAAUGGGUUGCUGUCAAUUCUCCAGAGACUGUGAGAGUUUGCUGUUACAGAGAUGAAGCAGAUGACGAAAAUGGAAGAAGAGUAGAGUUCUCAAUGAAUGAGUCAACUCGUUAUGUGUACUAUUUUGGCUUAUGAGUCAACUCGUUUUCUUUCUUUCUUUUUUUUUUCUUCUUACUUUAUUUUUUGGGAGAGAGAGUGAGAUCGUGGUUCCCUUCUUUAGCACAUUAUUAUGUUAUUUAUUUUAUUUUAUUCAUUUAUAAUAAUAUACCUAGUAUUAGUCGUAAUUAUUUUCA